GUGGAACCAGGAUUUGAAACUCGAAAAAUAUACCACAAAUGGCGACCGCGUACCAACCAACGGGUGGAGCGGUGCCGGACUGGCUGAACAAAGGUGACAACGCAUGGCAGAUGAUCUCGGCCACGCUGGUGGGUCUCCAGAGCGUGCCGGGGCUGGUCAUCCUCUACGGGAGCGUAGUGAAGAAGAAAUGGGCAGUCAACUCCGCCUUCAUGGCACUCUACGCCUUCGCCGCCGUCGUCCUCUGCUGGGUAUCGUGGGCUUACAAGAUGUCGUUCGGGGACAAGCUGCUGCCGUUUUGGGGGAAGGCCGGACCUGCCUUAGGGCAGAAGUUUCUGCUCAAACAGGCUGCCCUCACCGCCACCACGCAGUACCACGCCAACGGCGAGCUUGAGACCCCCAUGGUCACGCCGUGGUACCCGAUGGCGACCAUGGUGUGGUUUCAGUGUGUGUUUGCGGCCAUAACACUGAUACUGUUGGCAGGGUCGGUGUUGGGGAGAAUGAACUUCAAGGCGUGGAUGAUGUUCGUGCCGCUGUGGCUGACGUUCUCGUACACCAUCGGCGCGUUCAGCUUGUGGGGCGGAGGGUUCUUGUUCCACUGGGGUGUCAUGGACUACUCCGGCGGAUACGUCAUUCAUCUUUCUUCAGGGGUGGCUGGUUUCACCACUGCUUACUGGGUCGGACCUAGGGUGAAGAAGGACAGGGAGAGAUUCCCACCAAACAAUGUACUGCUGACAUUGGCCGGAGCAGGGUUGCUGUGGAUGGGAUGGGCUGGUUUCAACGGCGGAGAUCCGUACUCGGCCAACACAGACUCCUCCAUGGCCGUCCUCAACACCAACAUCUGCGCCGCAACGAGUCUCUUGGUUUGGACGUGGCUCGAUGUCAUCUUCUUCAACAAGCCCUCCGUCAUCGGAGCUGUUCAGGGUAUGAUCACCGGCCUCGUCUGCAUUACUCCGGCUGCAGGUCUUGUACAAGGAUGGGCAGCAAUAGUGAUGGGCGUAUUGUCAGGCAGCGUGCCAUGGUUCACCAUGAUGAUCGUAGACAAAAGGUGGAGACUCUUAACCGCAGUUGACGACACUCUAGGCGUUGUCCACACCCACGCAGUGGCCGGAUUCUUAGGCGGUAUAUUGACCGGCAUCUUUGCCGAGCCCCAACUAUGUGCACUCUUCUUGCCGGUCACAAACUCUCGUGGGGUUGUCUACGGAGGAAUCCAAGUCUUCAAACAAAUCGUAGGCGGACUGUUUAUCAUCGGAUGGAAUAUUGUGGUGACCUCGAUCAUUUGCAUAGCAAUUCGGUUUGUGAUUCCUCUACGGAUGCCGGAGGAGCAGUUGUUGAUUGGGGAUGACGCAGUGCAUGGGGAAGAGGCCUAUGCUUUGUGGGGCGAUGGAGAGUUGUAUGAUGUUACUAGGCAUGAACAGAAUUACUCAGAUGAUCAUACACAGGGUAAUUUUGCUUCAAGUGGUGCCACUCAGGUUGUCUAA